CCGCCGCCGCCCCGCCGGGCAGCGCCGGGGAGCGCAGCGGGGCAGCAGCGGGGCUGGAGCGGGAGCGGAGCAGCAGGCACCGGCGAGCUCGGCGGCAGCGGGAGAGACGAGCGCGGCCGUUGGUCCCGGAGGAGCCGCUGACACCGGCAGAGCCGCGCCCCGGGCCCCGGUAGCGGCCGCCCCGCCCGGCCCCGGGGUCGCUGGGCCCCGCCGUCCGGCUCAGACAUGCUCGGCCUGGAUGUGUGCGAGGCCGGCGGGCAGCUGCUGGAGCUGCUCUGGCUGGCGCUGUGCUACCGAGACAUCAUGGCUGACAAGCAGGGGGUGACGCUGUCGCUGGAGGAGGAGGAGGAUGCCGACGUGGCCCUGGCUUAUAAGACACCAGAGAAGAAGAGCCUGCAGGAGAUCCAGGAGCUGGACCCAGGGGACGAGAGCCUGCAGAAGUACAAACAGGCUCUACUGGGUGCCAUCCCUGCUGUCGUGGAUGCCAACAUUCCCAACGUGCAGGUGACAAAGCUCACCCUGAUGUGCGAGCAGGCACCUGGACCCAUCACCAUGGACCUUACAGGAGACCUCGAGGUGCUCCAGGGACAGGCCUUUGUGCUGAAGGAGGGAGUGGACUACAGGGUGAAGGUGUCCUUCAGGGUGAACAGGGAGAUCGUCUGUGGGCUGCGGUGCCUGCACCUCACCUACCGCCGGGGCCGGCCCGUGGACCGCGACGUCGUCAUGGUGGGCAGCUACGCGCCGCGGGCCGAGGAGUACGAGGUGGUGACGCCGGCGGAGGAGGCGCCGCGGGGCUGGCUGGCGCGGGGCAGCUACCGCGUCCGCUCCCUCGUCACCGACGACGACCAGACGGAGCACCUCUGCUGGGAGUGGGGCCUCUGCAUAAAGAAGGGCUGGGAGGACUGACACCCCCAUCCUCACCCUCGCUCCCCCCGCCAGCGCGGGGACGCGGUGCCUGUCACCCUGGGGGACGCCUCGCUGGCACCGCCGCCCUUGCCUGGGCUGUGUGAAGCGCUGUGGGGGGUCCCUUGGCGAGCAGGCGCCCGUGGUCUUCGCAACCAAAGUUGUUUUUAAUUGCUGUUUUCUUUUUAAAUACCGAUGCCCGCCUGCUCUCUGCGAUGUCCCCAUCUCUGGGGACGCGGCCCUGGCCCUGCCACGGUGGCACCGUGCCCGGCUAGCUGCCCGGUCGCAGGCUGUGCUCUUCCAUCGCCAUUAAACCCCACAGACUGGUCUCUUA